UAUAUAGCAUGUUUAUUUGUUCGUAUAAAAAGCACGUACACUGGCCGCGGUGCUCGAGACGGGAGCGCGCGUGUGCGUUCUAAAUGUAAAUAUUUAAAAAAAAUACGAGCCAAGUGACAAUAUGGUGCAACUACUGUAUUUAGUCGUGUUUUCCUGUUUAUUAAAGGCGUCGUUGCAAAAAUCAACUCCGCAAGACAGCGAGUAUGUGGCCGCGGUGGUUGAGUACCAGGUAUCCAGGAAUGUCGAAGAAAACCUCAGAAACUACAUUGAGCAUAUCACAGAGGCUGCAAAACAGGGAGCGGAUAUCAUCGCGUUCCCGGAAUUGACGUUAACAAACAGCACAACUAGCUUCCCUGUUCCGAUCAAAGGACUCCUUCGGGAGUAUCCCAUACCAGCCUUGCAUCCUGAGUUGUAUGACAAUCUUCUAGUGGCAAUAUCUAAGGCUGCCAGAGACAACCAGAUCUACGUAUUGGUGAAUAUACGAGAGCUGAUGGACUGCACCCACAACGACACGGGGGAACUUUGUCCUGAAGCGAAAAAGUACACAUUUAACACCAAUGUCGUAUUCGACAGGACUGGCAAAGUUAUUGACAGGUACCGAAAGAUCAACCUAUUCGGGGAGGCGUCGCACACUCCCGCCCUGCAACCAGACUUGGGCUACUUCGAGACAGACUUUGGGGUUAACUUUAGCCAUUUCAUCUGCUUCGAUCUGAUGUUCCAAGUGCCCGCUGUGCAGUCCGUUCAGAAACUCAAUGUCACCAACAUAAUAUUCUCUACUAUGUGGUUUUCUGAGCUGCCUUAUUUGACAGCUGUGCAAAUCCAAGAGUCAUACGCUUACACAAUGAAUGUCAAUUUCAUUGCAUCUGGUGCGAACAAUAUUGCUGUAGGAUCAGCUGGUUCGGGAAUCUACUCUGGUAAAGCCGGUGCUCUGAUCAGCAUCAUGCCUGGCGUGCCCACUACCCGUCUUCUCGUUUCCAGGGUACCUAAAGUACCUGGACAGGUCACAGGUUCAUACCCGGGCCCAAUUUACGACAAGCCGGAUAACCACGACAGACUGCGCCUGAUCACUGACCCGUCCUUAGUUGCACACGUCAGUAGGCCUCUGACGUCAGGCUACCAACAGUUCACACUCACUGAGAAGGACGUCAGCUGCAAAUUCACCGUCAAAAUGUCGCCGGGAAUUGGAGAAUCGUAUUACAGGUACCGAGCCGCGGUGUUUAGUGGUGUGAGGUCCUUCUCCGGAAAAGCUACUGGAGGAGCCAAGGUGUGCACUAUCGUCGCGUGUACUGGUGACGCCAUGAACACUUGCGGAAAAAGAUUCGAGAAUUACGCUGUAAACAGGACUGCCGUAUUCGACGAGUUGAAUAUAAUAGGUACCAUGCCGUCACCAGUUAGAAACCCUCAGUUACAAGCCGACGGUUUUGUUAUGUACCCAGUUUCGGUGAUAGAACCAAUCAUGCCUUUGGAACCUAAAGGUUUUACAUUCACAGCGACAACUGCUAACACAACAACGGUGUAUAAUUAUUCUUUGGUUAAUUUAGAUGCUAAGUUAUACGCUUUUACUCUGUGGGGCAGAUAUUUUGCCACGGACGGGCAAGACGCGACGCCGCCUGUGCCCGAUUCGGCAACUGCGCACUUAUUAAGCGGUGUUUUAUUGGUAUUCCUGCUGUUGCGUAGUGUGAUCGCGGUUUUAUAAUAAUGAAAUUUGUGAAAUCAUUUUACAGAGCAAUUGUUGUGUUUAUCGGCAUCAUAAUAAUUGUUAAGUAGUAUUAAUGGUACCAAAUGCUCCAGGACGUAUUAUUUCCAAUUUACUUUUACAUUUUUAUUUUUAAAUAUACAAGUUUUAUCAGUUUAUUUGGGUGGAAGAUUUACAUUGUUUUUUUAUUAAUGUUGUUUUUGUAGUGUUAAAAAUGUCACCGAAAUCGUAUUUUAAAUCAAAUGGCUAAUCGUAUUUUAAAUCAAAGCUACAGAUAAACAUUAUUUCUAAAUUAUACGAAAUUAUACGAAAAAUCAUAUUGAUCCAUAAUUAUAAUUAUUAGUGUAUAAGGGCUUAUGCACAUGACCUUUUUAAAAAACGACGCGCCCCUUAUGCAAUUAAGACGUGCAAUAGUGGUAUAUACAACGUAGUGUGUGCACUUAAUAUUUUUAUAUAUUAUCUACGUAUUGAAUUUCUAUUUAUUAUAUGUUAGAGCGCAUAUUCCAAACGCGCGUUUUCAGUAAAAAGUGUCGUGUGGAUACGCUCUAAUAUGUAUCUGUUGUUUUAAAAAGUACCAAGAUUUGCAUAAAAUAUUAUUUAUAGUAAGGAUUACGUAUUUUAGAAUAAGUUUUUCGUCUGACUUCGAGCUAGGACUUGUUGUGAUUAUUAGAUUUUUUGGCAUAAUAUAAAAAUAAUAAUUUUUUAUAUGUACCUAAAUAUGUUAUGCAUAACACCCACAUUUCAUGUGAUAGUAAAGAACAAAAUUUUAUUAAGAUUAGCUUUAAGAUUACAUUUUCUUAUUAUGGAUAAUUGUGAUGGUUGCAGACUAAAAUUAAGCUAAAUUAGUGUAGCUUAGCUCGCCUAGAGAUAUUUUUUCAUACUAGUUUGCAAAUAGCAAUCUUCUUAACCUAUAAUAGGUCAUAAGUAAAGAUUUACAUAAUAUUUUGUUUUAGAAUAAACAAAAACAAUCGGUAUACAGUAGCAUAUAAUGAUUUUUUUCACAUAUAUCUAAGUAUUUAUAAGUACAUAAGUAUAAAUCACGUAGUACAUAGGAUAAAGACAAAUUAGUGUUCCCUGAGACUCGCCGAGCUUCACUGCUCGGUGUCAUAAAAUGCGUGCCACUGCUGAUCCUGGCUUACAGGAGUUGUAGUGGUGGGUGUGAGGGCGGGAAAGUCUCUAUAAAGUACAUAAGUAACUUAACUAACUGUGUUUGGUAUUAGUGAAAUAAACUCAUGUUAUUGUAAGCUGAUUGUUUAUUGUAAAACAAAAUAUGUAAAUCAUUUCUUAUAACAUCUACAUGGCGGUCUAAGUCUAGUUUGGGAGUCAUUGUAAAACAAUUUAAUUAUAUAAAAACUUCCUUUUGUUAAAUACAUAUUUCUUUAAAAUUUUCUGUCAUGUUAACUAAUUUAAGCAGAUUUAUUUUCGGACUACAUAAAUUUGUAAAGAUAUGUUUAGCAAUCUAUACAGUUCGAUA